CGCUCGCUGAUUGGCUGCGGUGGCGGCGUGGGGGCGGGCCCGGGCGGGGCGGGCGCCGCCGCGGCGGAGGGCGGAGGAGCCGAGAGGAGCGGACGGAGCAGCCCCGGCCCGGCUCAAGCGGCCGCCGCGGCCGCCAUGGAGGACGGAGUCUAUGUGCCCCCCGACCUGACGGCGGAGGAGCGGCUGGAGCUCGAGAGCAUCCGGCGGCGCAAGCAGGAGCUGCUGGGCGAGAUCCAGCGGCUGCGCGAGGAGCUGAGCGAGGCCAUGAGCGAGGUCGAGGGGCUGGAGGCCAACGAGGGCAGCAAAACCCUCCAGCGGAACCGCAAGAUGGGGAUGGGCCGCAAGAAAUUCAACAUGGACCCCAAAAAGGGGAUCCAGUUCCUGGUGGAGAACGAGCUGCUGCGCCACACGGCCGAGGACAUCGCGCGGUUCCUCUACAAGGGCGAGGGGCUCAACAAGACGGCCAUCGGGGACUACCUAGGCGAGAGGGAGGAGUUCAACAUCGGGGUGCUCCACGCCUUCGUGGAUCUGCACGAGUUCACCGACCUCAACCUGGUGCAGGCGCUGAGACAGUUCCUGUGGAGCUUCCGGCUGCCGGGGGAGGCGCAAAAGAUCGACCGGAUGAUGGAGGCGUUCGCCCAGCGCUACUGUCUGUGCAACCCCGGCGUGUUCCAGUGCACGGACACGUGCUACGUGCUGUCCUUCGCCGUCAUCAUGCUCAACACCAGCCUGCACAACCCCAACGUGCGGGACAAGCCCUCGGCCGAGCGCUUCGUGGCCAUGAACCGCGGCAUCAACGACGGCGGCGACCUGCCCGAGGAGCUGCUCCGGAACCUGUACGAGAGCAUCCGCAGCGAACCCUUCAAGAUCCCCGAGGACGACGGCAACGACCUGACCCACACGUUCUUCAACCCCGACCGCGAGGGCUGGCUGCUCAAGCUGGGCGGGCGGGUGAAGACGUGGAAGCGCCGCUGGUUCAUCCUCACCGACAACUGUCUCUAUUACUUCGAGUACACGACGGACAAGGAGCCCCGGGGCAUCAUCCCCCUGGAGAACCUGAGCAUCCGCGAGGUGGAGGAUCCCCGGAAACCGCACUGCUUCGAGCUCUACAUCCCCAACAACAAGGGCCAGCUCAUCAAGGCCUGUAAGACCGAGGCCGACGGGCGGGUGGUCGAGGGCAACCACGUCGUCUACCGCAUCUCGGCCCCCACGCGCGACCAGAAGGACGAGUGGAUCAAAUCCAUACAGUGAGCACCCCAAAAUACCCCCCCGCACCCCAAAAUACCCCCCAGCGCCCCAAAAAUCCCGCCUGAGGGGCCCAAUGGGCUGGGGGGACCCAGGCGUCCGGGAGGGACCCAGGCGUCCGGGAGGAUGUGGGAUCCUGAAGCCCCUCCUGAGGGACCCCCAAACCUUCCUGAGGACCCUAAAAUACCCCCCGUACCCCAAAAUAGACCCUACACCCCAAAAAUCCCGCCUGAGGGGGCCCAAUGGGCUGGGGGGACCCAGGCGUCCGGGAGGGACCCAGGCAUUCGGGAGGAUGUGGGACACUGAACCCUAUUCUGAGGGACCCCCAAACCUUCCUGGGGACCCUAAAAUACCCCCCCUACCCCAAAAUAGACCCUACACCCCAAAAAUCCCGCCUGAGGGGGCCCAAUGGGCUGGGGGGACCCAGGCGUCCGGGAGGGACCCAGGCGUUCGGGAGGAUAGGGGACACUGAACCCCCUCCUGAUGGACCCCCAAACCUUCCUGGGGACCCCAAAAUACCCCCUGCACCCCAAAAUAGACCCUACACCCCAAAAAUCCCGCCUGAGGGGGCCCAAUGGGCUGGGGGGACCCAGGCGUCCGGGAGGGACCCAGGCGUUUGGGAGGAUGUGGGACACUGAAGCCCCUCCUGAGGGACCCCCAAACCUUCCUGGGACCCUAAAAUACCCCCCGUACCCCAAAAUACCCCCUACACCCCAAAAAUCCCGCCUGAGGGGCCCAAUGGGCUGGGGGGACCCAGGCGUCCGGGAGGGACCCAGGCGUCCGGGAGGAUGGGGGACACUGAGCCCUAUUCUGAGGGACCCUCAAACCUUCCUGGGGACCCUAAAAUACCCCCUGCACCCCAAAAUAGACCCUACACCCCAAAAAUCCCGCCUGAGGGGGCCCAAUGGGCUGGGGGGACCCAGGCGUCCGGAGGGACCCAGGCGUCCGGGAGGAUGUGGGAUCCUGAAGCCCCUCCUGAGGGACCCCCAAACCUUCCUGAGGACCCUAAAAUACCCCCCGUACCCCAAAAUAGACCCUACACCCCAAAAAUCCCGCCUGAGGGGGCCCAAUGGGCUGGGGGGACCCAGGCGUCCGGGAGGGACCCAGGCAUUCGGGAGGAUGUGGGACACUGAACCCUAUUCUGAGGGACCCCCAAACCUUCCUGGGGACCCUAAAAUACCCCCUGCACCCCAAAAUAGACCCUACACCCCAAAAAUCCCGCCUGAGGGGGCCCAAUGGGCUGGGGGGACCCAGGCGUCCGGAGGGACCCAGGCGUCCGGGAGGAUGUGGGAUCCUGAACCCCCUCCUGAGGGACCCCCAAACCUUCCUGUGAACCCUAAAAUACCCCCUGCACCCCAAAAUAGACCCUACACCCGAAAAAUCCCGCCUGAGGGGGCCCAAUGGGCUGGGGGGACCCAGGCGUCCGGGAGGGACCCAGGCGUGCGGGAGGAUGUGGGACACUGAAGCCCCUCCUGAGGGACCCCCAAACCUUCCUGGGGACCCUAAAAUACCCCCUGCACCCAAAAUAGACCCUACACCCAAAAAAUCCCGCCUGAGGGGGCCCAAUGGGCUGGGGGGACCCAGGCGUCCGGGAGGGACCCAGGCGUCCGGGAGGAUGGGGGGACACUGAGCCCUAUUCUGAGGGACCCCCAAACCUUCCUGGGGACCCUGAAAUACCCCCUGCACCCCAAAAUAGACCCUACACCCCAAAAAUCCCGCCUGAGGGGGCCCAAUGGGCUGGGGGGACCCAGGCGUCCGGGAGGGACCCAGGCGUCCGGGAGGAUGUGGGAUCCUGAAGCCCCUCCUGAGGGACCCCCAAACCUUCCUGGGGACCCUAAAAUACCCCCUGCACCCCAAAAUAGACCCUACACCCAAAAAAUCCCGCCUGAGGGGCCCAAUGGGCUGGGGGACCCAGGCGUCCGGGAGGGACCCAGGCGUCCGGGAGGAUGGGGGACACUGAGCCCUAUUCUGAGGGACCCCCAAACCUUCCUGGGGACCCUAAAAUACCCCCUGCACCCCAAAAUAGACCCUACACCCCAAAA